CAUAAAAAGGCACACAGCAAUGGCAAUUGCAUCAAUUCAACUUUCAUAAAAAUAUGUCAGCAUGUUGCCGCUCUCUGCACCCCCCUCGCCACAUUCCAAUGCGCAUCUCCUCCACCAACCUCUUGCAACUCAAUCAACAUCGCAAAUUCCGGCCAAGGAGACACGCAGGCGCGGGCGCAGUUGAGGUCUUGCUCAGGUCGAGGCGCCUCGUCAUCGAAUCGGCAGCGGCGGGAGGGGGAGACAAAGGGGAUGAGCCGAGGAAGAAGGGGAAUCCGCCGCCUCAGUGCUGCGCGCUCGAUCGAGACGCCGUGGAGGCUAACUCCGGAGGCGCUGAUCGGAGGGCGGAGGUGGUGAUUGCGACCGUCGCCACGGUGGUCCUCGGUGUCGCGAAUCGCGUGCUUUACAAGCUCGCGUUAGUUCCUCUCAAGCAUUACCCCUUCUUUCUCGCUCAGCUCGCCACUUUCGGGUAUGUAAUUGUAUACUUCUCAAUCUUGUAUCUCCGGUAUCAAGCUGGCAAGGUUACUGAUGAAAUGCUAUCGUUGCCGAAAUCUCCAUUAAUUGUUAUUGGCCUGUUAGAGGCUCUAGCAGCAGCAUCUGGGAUGGCUUCAGGAGCUGUUCUUCCUGGGGCAGCGAUUCCCAUACUGUCACAGAGUUUUCUUGUCUGGCAACUUGGGCUUUCGUAUAUAUUUCUUAAAAGGAAAUAUAGAUUCAACCAGUUGUUCGGUUGCUUUCUGGUAGCAGCUGGAGUAGUAGUAACUGUUGCAAGCGGAUCAGGUCCUGGAUCACUCACGACAAGUGGGUUAUUUUGGAGUAGUUUAAUGAUUAUUUCGUUCUUCCUACAAGCUGCUGAUACAGUCUUGAAGGAAAUAAUAUUUCUGGAUGCUGCCAAAAGAUUAAAGGGAGGUUCGAUGGAUCUAUUUGUUGUAAACUCUUAUGGAUCUGCUUACCAGGCUGUUUUUAUCUGCCUCCUCCUCCCGUUCUUGUCAAACCUAUGGGGCAUUCCAUUUAGUCAACUGCCAAGUUAUCUUAAAGAUGGUGCUGCCUGCUUUUUGAAUACCGGUACCAUGUUAAAUCAAUGUAACGGUGCACCUUUACUCCCGCUGCUAUUUGUCAUUGUCAACAUGGGUUUCAACAUAUCUUUGUUGCAUCUGCUCAAGAUCUCCUCCGCUGUGGUAUCUUGUCUCGCGUCAACAGUUUCAGUGCCAAUAUCAGUGUAUAUGUUUACAUUGCCGCUUCCAUAUCUUGGGGUCGCCUCCUCCCUUCCCCCGGGCUUUGUAAAGGGGGCUAUAGUCCUCGUCGUGGGUCUACUAGUUUAUCUCUGGAGACCUGCACCAAAUUCGUCGAGAAGUCCUUCUCUUGUGAACUAGGAAAUAAGCAAAAGAUGCCUGCACAUAUACGUACUAGUGCAUUAAUUUGAUCGAGAGCGAGGAGAUCAAGUGGUGCAUCAGCGACGAGUGCCGCUUAUGGUGGCUUUGCUAAUUGAGUCAUUUUGGUGGUGCUAACUGCGGAUGGCGAUUCAUGACAAUACCAUGACUCGUAAGAGUAUUGGCAUGAGGGAGCUGGAUGGUAUAAUUUGUGAUUUAUGUUGUAUACAAAUUUUGAAUGUUGUGUAAUUUAUAAUUUAUGCGUAUUUCAUAGCUUCAUUGACAAUUUCUCUUCAAAUCAAAAUACUCCAUCA